AUGUCUAUGGAGGAAAGUAUUAGUCUCGAGGAGACAAACAAGAUCCGUAUCUCUCUCGGUCUCAAGCCCCUUACGGAUGACUCCGCACCAGCCAACGACAAAGAGAAGCAAGCCGAGGAUAACUAUGCAAAGCAGCGCGAGCGGGAGGUGAAAGAGAGAGAAACAAAGCAAAUAUUUGACCGGAUAGCGAAGGUGAGGAACAGACGAGAGCUCCAUGCCUCCCUCAAAGGUGCAACGCUUGGUGACCCCGAAGGCGAUACAGAAGAUACCCUGAAAUGGAUCAAGAAAGCCAAGAAGCGUGACAAGGAGCUGGCGAGGAAAAGGCAACAGGAGUUAGAGAACUUGGACAAAGCCUUUCAGGGUGACGAGUAUACAGAAAAGGACUUGGUUGGCCUCAAAGUCAGCCACGACUUCGAAGACCUUGGAGAAGGAGAUGCCCGUAUACUUACAUUGAAAGACAGCCGCGUUCUUGAUAAUGAAGAGGACGAACUUCAGAAUGUUGAGAUGGCCGAAGAGGAACGCGACCGCAAGAAUAAUGAGCUGAAGAUUAAAAGACGGGAUUACACUGGCUAUGACGAUGACGAAUUUUCGGAAGGCAAGGCCGGAAUGAAGCGAUCAAUUCUGGCGAAAUAUGAUGAGGAUAUUGAAGGUACUCGGGAAACUGAUUUCCGUUUGGGCAGUUCUGUUACGUCUACCACAAUCAAUGGCGCUCAGGUGAAACAAGAACUAGCAAGCGUGAACAAAGCUCUGCUAUCAAUAGAUUAUGCCAAAAAUCUGGAAACGCGUGAUUACCUACAAGAAGGAGAUGUGGGUUUCAAGAAACCAAAGACCAAAACGAAACGUUCAUCACGUCGUGCCCCCAUUGAUGGCGAUGAGAAUGUCAUGGAGGUUGAUGAGAAACCGGUUGUACCUAGGUCACGUGAGUUAGACGCCAACUUUGUCGAUGACGAUGAGCUACAAGCUGCCCUUGCUCGAUCCCGAAGAGCGAAGCUCCACAAACGCAAGAAGCUCUCUCCGGAAGAGAUUGCUCGUAAAGUCGCAGAAGAGCGCAAUCGAGAGCAAUCGAGUCAAGCAAAUGAUAUUAUAGAAAUAGACGACACAGAAGACGGCGACGCCAACGGUUUGACAUUCGACGAUACCUCAGAAUUUGUUCGGGCUAUCUCGUUUAACCAGACUGCGGUGAAGACGGAGCCGGCAGAGGCGUCAAUAGAGCCCACCUCUGCUAAACAUAUAUCGCCCUCUCGCGACCUUUCAGUGGCUGCAGGCGAUGAGGCUCUCGACGAAAUUGAAGCUGGUGAAGUUGUUAAAGAAGAGGAGUACGAGGAUAUGAUGGAAGACGUCACUGAAGCAGAGGAGAAGAAUGCCGCAGCUGGCGACGAUGACGAGGUCGGGACGUUAGGAGAAAAGUCUUUUGGCUCUGGUAUGGCGGCCACCCUUUCACUUCUCCGGCAGCAGGGUGUAUUGGCGAUGCCAUCGGCAGAUCAAACUGCGCGAGAGGAUGUUCAGUUACAUAGGGAUCGAUUCCUCGCCGAAUAUCGUCAUCGACAGGCCCAACGCGAAACGGAUCGCCUACAGUCUCGCAGUGGCAACAAGGACCAAGCAACUCGAGAAUACGAGAACCGACUUCGAGAACAACAAGAGGCCCGCGCGCAGCUGGAGCUGUUCAAGGACUACAAGCCUGACGUCGAGAUUGUUUAUUACGAUGAGUAUGGUCGUGUGUUGACCCCGAAGGAGUCAUGGAAAGCGUUGUCCCACAAAUUCCAUGGCAAGGGCUCUGGGAAGAUGAAGACGGAGAAGAGGCUGAAGAAAAUUGCCGAGGAGAAGAAACAAGCAGCUAUGGCAAGUGGUGAUACCCCGCUUAGUAUGAAUCGUGCCUUCCAGAUCCGCCAGGAGAAAACUGGUCAAGCUCACUUCGUACUGUCUGUGGGUAAUAGAGGUGCUGUCCCUCAAGCGACAGAAUUCUUGGACCCUCAGCCGCUUUCAAAAGGCAAAACUGAAAAGGCAAAGAGCAAGAAGAAGGACUUAGGGAAGGCCGGCGGUGCACAAUUACUCGAGUCCACUGGUUUCAUGACGCUACCAGCGCCACACCUGCAGUCGCACCUCAAUUCACAAAGUCCUGCGCCAUCAGGCUUUUCGUCCGUUAUACCCGCUGGUGGAUCGAAUUCACCCCCAGCUAUGAAGCCAGGUUUUUCGCGCAUAUCGUCAGCUGCAGAUACACCAACACAAACUGGUGCUCCUGUGCCCUCGGAGCGGACGAAGGUGGCUUUUGGCUUUGGAUCGAAGAGGAAAGCGGCAGGAGGACUUUAUGGAUGA